GUGGUGACGUGCGCCAUGCUCUGUGACGUACUUUGUCACAGAGACUCUGCCGUACGAGGCCCAAAUUAAUGACGUCAGUUUUUUUUUCUGUGGGACACUUAUUGAUCUUAGAUAUUAUUUGGGAGCAAUUUUGGCCCUGGAUACAAGCUAGCUUGUAUCUGUAGCUUUUAUUCAAAAACAUUUUUUUUUUAACCAUACCCGCGAAGUAACUUUCCAUAAUAUUUUGCGGUGUGAAAAUUACAACCACAACCAAUUCGACAAACUCCACGCCGGGAUCGGGAGCAGCUACGCGGCCUGUGAAAGAUGUCACUUGGUGGUUCUCCUGUGACCGUCGUCCAGCUGCCAGGGGGUCAGUUACAGGUGCAAGGAGUGAUCCAGUCUCCUCAGUCGUCGGUCAUUCAGGCCCCACAGGUGCAGACUUCGCAGGGUUCAGAUAGCGACGAUUCACAUGAUUCUUCAGACAGUGGAGUUACACCGCAAAAAACCAGAGAGCUACUGGCCAGACGGCCGUCAUACAGAAAAAUCCUCAAUGAACUUUCAUCCGAGGGACUACCACCCACCGAGGGGAAGGACAGCUCGACCACCUCAGGAGUGUCGGGUGUGACCAUACCUGCACCCAUCUACCAGACCACCACUGGCCAGUACAUCACCGUAACUCCUAAUGGAACCAUCCAGCUGACAAACCCAGGACCUGAUGGCGUUCAGGAACUGCAGGUGGCCAUGGCCAACCCUACUGGAGGCCAGCAGGGGACAACCAUCCUCCAGUAUGCUCAGACCCCCGACGGCCAGCAGAUAUUGGUACCAAGUAACCAGGUCGUUGUGCAGGGAGGAGAAGUACAAACGUACCAAAUUCGCACGGCGCCGACAUCAGGCUCUCUGCCUCAAGCCUUAGUGAUGGCCUCAUCCCUAGGUCUGUCUCAGAGCAAACCCGAUGAUCCAACAAUGAAGAGGGAAAUUAGACUCGCAAAGAACAGGGAAGCAGCCCGCGAGUGUCGACGAAAGAAGAAGGAAUAUGUCAAAUGCCUGGAGAACCGAGUGGCCGUGCUUGAGAACCAAAACAAAACCCUGAUCGAGGAGCUCAAAACUUUGAAAGAACUUUAUUGUGUCAAAACUGGAUAACGUGUUCAAGCGCAGAGACGAGUUGGGCUUUCAGCUCUUUGGAUACGAUCAGGUUUCUUGGAACACUUCAGGUUGAGAUCCUCCAUCUUUUUACGUUUUGCUUGAUAUAACAAUCAGAUAUAUACUUUUAUAUAUCUAAACAAAAGAAUUUGGACAUUUUUCCACUUAUUUUUUUGUAUUUACUAAUGCUAUAACAUUUAUAGUUGUGUAUAUUUUUAAACGGCAGAUUUGAAAUAAUGAGCUUUUUUUAGUCUCAAUUUCUGAAUGUCCUUUUCUGGAUUUGUCUCAUUUCUUGCUUGUGUUUUUAAAAUAAUGUUAUUGGGGUUUUCUUUGUUGUGUAGGUCUCCCAAUAACAUUCACAGAACUUGUGUUAUUUCUUAAUGAAUUGCUACACAGCAGUGUCUCUUAUUCCCAAUAAGGAAAUGUUACAGUUUUCAUUCCUUAUUUUUGUACAAUGGGAGGAAAAGGGUAAAAAAUAUAUAUGAAUGUGCAAGUCUUUCUUGGCCCUUACCUAGACAAUGAGGGCGAAGCACAUUUUGUCCAAGUGAUAUUUUAUUUGGUCUUGAAAGGUGCGAAGAUGCGGAACAAUGUUUGAAAUGUUGCUGAUUCUGUAAGUAAAUAAUAU